AUCGGCAUCAGCGGCUGGUCUUGUUUUAGUUCGCGUUUGAAGUCUCGAUUUCGCAAGUGUUUCCAAAUUUAGAGGAAUUAUGAGCAUGAAAGUCGACUCCAGCGAAUGCUAAGUGAAGAUAGAUUUCGACGACGACGGCGUCAUACUGCCGAAUUCGCCGUUGUACGCUCACCUCACCGAAGCCGGUUUUGAGCUUCCCGACACGGAGGUUGCGUUUGCGCAGACUUCUGAUGAUCGGCGUCCAACCCUGAAAAAAAACGUGUCACCUGCCCCGUUCCAAGAUACUCUCUUUCCUGGAUGGAGAACCUUUCUUAGAAACCAUCCUGGGAAGCCCGUGCCUCGAUGAGGAAGACCAACGCUUUCUUAGAAAUCUCCUUGAAGCCAGAGAUUUGAGUGCAAACAAAGCGAAUUUUCAAGGCAGCUUUCUUACCUACAGCAUUGUUGCUGCUGUCGUCGUGUGCCUUGUUGCCAGAUGUCUGUCUGCAGAACAACAGAGCAACACCGAAAGCCUGCUUUUGGGGAUAGUGGCCUGCGCACUGCUGUUGGUUGCCGGAAUGAUCCUAGUGAAGUACUGCCUUUUACGUCAGUACCGAGCAAACAUUCACAGCCUGCUGUGCACGAUGCAAGAAGUGCAAGUCAUGAUCAGGAAGUGCCUGCAGAUUAUCCAGGAAGCUGAAGUAGUGGCCCGCGGCUUUACCCUGGCUUCUCACAAUGUGCCUGUUCACCGAAUCGAGAUGAACAUGCUCAUGCCAAACUUGGAUCCUCAGAGACAGUGCCCCGAGCUACGGAAGUCUGUGUUCCUGUGGACCCGAGAGCUCUUCCUCAUCAGAAAGAGUGCCACUUUGGAAGCCAUUGAGUCUGUUCCACUUGAAGGUGAACUCUACGUGAGCACCAUCUACCUGGCAUACACAGCACCUGAAGAUGUCAGUGCAGAGCUUUUUGCACCACUUGGCAAAGCCCUUGAAGAAGGAACUGAAAAUUUCUUUCUCUCAUCUCUCAAGGCGAUGCUGUAUCUCAUGCACAUUCAGCACUCCGAGUUUCUUCGGAGGCUGUCGCUUUCUUUGAUGCCGGGAAUCAAGAAAAGCUGUCUCUUUGAUGCCCUGUCACUGAAGACAAUCGUUACCGAUCUCAGAGCCAGCAUUCAGGCGCAGAUGAGGAACUUCUGCAAUGCCUACCAGUUCUACAAGAGCAGCCAGGUGAGGGAGGAACUAGAGAGCAGGCCACUGCGGUCGCUGCGUGCGACACCCCACGAGCUACACAUGGCCACUCAUAGCUUGGGGCUCCAUUUGAUGGCAGCCUUGAAACGUACCCAGGCAGUCGAAAGCAUCACGUAAUCCAUUGCGGAGGAUUCUCAAAUUGAGCCGCUGGAAGCCAACGUCAGCUUCCUACUUGCUGAAGUCAAAGCCGAGCUUGCAUCAAGCUGCAGCUGCCUUGAAGAGGUCUCCAUGCUGUUGGACAAGA